UAUCCCUAAUUCCCUUCACUCCUGGCGACCUCGCUGCGAUUUUUGUUCCUGCGAUUCUGCGAAGCUGCCGACCAACGAGUCUCACCGCGACGGCGACGGCGACCACUCCACCAGCCCUGCUCCGCGACGGCCAACGGCGACGGAGACGAGGCCCAGCUCUGCUCCUCGACUGCGAGUCCGCGACCAGCCCUGCUCCACCAGUCCGCCACCGUGACUGCCGACUAGUCCGACUACGGGAACAACAGGAGUUACUUCCAAUAAAAUCUCUUUCCACUUUGCACUCUGAGUUCUCAUAGCCAACAAGGCAACAACUGCCACUUUCUCCUAGUCUCCGGCAUUGUUUGCAAAGGUUGAACUUCUCUCUGAUCAAAGUGAAUAAGUAAUGUUCUACCUGAGUGAAAUUGAGCAUACUUUGAGAUUACCCCCGCAUCUCCUCAAUCUUGCACUUAAUGAAGCUAUCAAGGGAGAGCUCGAGGGUCUCUUUGUAGACAAGGUUAUUGCACAGUUAGGGCUUUGUAUAUCUGUAUAUGAUAUUCGUUCCAUUGAUGGUGGUUUUAUUUUCCCAGGAGAUGGCGCCUCUACAUAUACGGUGAAAUUCAGAUUGAUAAUCUUUCGCCCGUUUAGGGGAGAGGUCAUAGCAGCAAGGCUAAAAGAAUCCAAUGCACAGGGUUUACGCUUAUCACUUGGAUUUUUUGAUGACAUCUAUGUACCAGCUGUUUUGAUGCCGAAUCCUUCACAUUCUGAGCCUGAUCCUGAAAGCAGGAACCAGGUGAGGUGGAUAUGGGAGUAUGAAGGAGAAAAAUAUCCUAUAGAUGGUACAGAUGAGGUUAGAUUCCGAGUUCUCGAAAUUAGCUAUCCAUCAUUACCUUUAAAUCAAGAUAAAGAUGCAAAGCCAUUUGCUCCUAUGUUGAUCACGGUAUAUCAACUACCAACAAAUGUUUGUUCUUUAGUGUUUGUCAAACUCAGUCCAUUUGCUCUUAGUGUUUGUCAAACUUGA